AUGUUGAUCGACUCGUCCUCUCGUCAGCCUUCGCACGUGCUGUAUCGCUGGGGUUCAUUUUUCGUGUCGCGACCUCAAUCUUUUGCGGCCAUAGAUCCCUCGCAAGCCCGCCAUCCUAACGCGUGUCUUGCACUUUCCGACUUUGCGCAACCUAUGAGGCUCACAGCGGAAUAUCCUUACGCGCCGCUCACUCCGCGUACUCUGGACGACAUGGAUGAUCCGAUACUCAUGCCGUUGUCGCUUCUCUCCUUAACCGCGGUUGGACCGCACGGACGCAUGCACCUGGCGGAAGACAUUAUCGUGCAGUGGAUCGACUUAGAGUUUCGCCUCAUCGCAAUCCGUGAUGUACUUCUGCGCGAUGUGGAUCAAGGUGUUCUCCCGCUUGGGUAUCGUUCGUGCGCUGUCCCUACGUCCUACGGGUACAGGAAGCUGUACUCGACACGCAAGUCAGUAUGGAGGCGAGCAGCACAGUCGAGGGACGCCUUCGCUGUUCUGAUAGCAGAAUGUCAUUUUCUUGCGCUGAUGAAUCGGAAGCUCUUGGAUCCGUCUGGGCGGGUGCAUGUGUCUUCUCUGGACGUAUUGCUAACGUCUGUCGGUACAUUCCUCCAUGACGUCUGGCUUACGACAUUCGUCAACCUCUUUGACAAACCAGCGGCCGGGUUCGUCGCGUCAGUCGCAGAGGUCGAGGCUUCCUUCUGGCUGGCGCGUCUUCCGAAGGCAACACCCGUAUAUAUCUGUUGGGGAGACUCAAAGGAGGCCGCUGCGAGUGUCAAGCGCGCGGAGAGAAGUCCAUUUCUUGCGGCGUUGACUCGACCCAGUCUGCAAGACAUCGCUCGUUGUGAGGAUGCGUCUGCAGCACGUGACCGCGUUGCUCCGGGCCCUCCUCGCUGCCAGAGCAACUCCGAAACAUACGACUCGUUCAUGCGACGUAGGCGGAACUGGUACACUGCAAGCGCCGCAGUCGUUCUGCCCGCGCACGGGCAUGUAGGCGUUGUUCAAGCGUUCGAGUGGAUCAAAGACAGCAGGGGUCUCAUGCGCCGCGAACCUGUUCCUCCGCCCUUUUUCCACAAGGCGAUGGCUCAUUACCUGGAAGGCGAAAAGAUCUACGACGCGUCGCGUUCGGAAUGGGACUUGUGCUGGGCCGAGUACCAGAAGGACGUGCCUCUCUUCAAUCAAGGUCCUGACGACGAGGUCACAGGAGAGACGGGCUUGAAGGAUGCUAUGCUGCCGGAUGCUCAGGUCCUCCACGCAGCCGACGAGCGGGAGGCUAGUAAGGCGAUAUGCUUGCAGAACGCUUUGGAGAGGCUAUCUGAUAACAUGGCUGUCGCUUUCGGUGCACGCUAUGGCUACUUCACCGAUGGGUCCUCUGUGGUCAUAGACGAUGACCGACGACCGACGAGGAAGACUAUAGCAUGGCUUAUGGGGGAGGGAUUACAGUGUAUGAGAACGCUUUGCUGUCUAGUACCGGAGGACGUGAGCCUUCUGCGUGCUGGGUUCCGCGUCUUGCUGUGUGCGGCCGAUGGAGACGAAAUUCCGACAUUUGCGCCAUCCGUCAUCGACAUCUUUCGCGACUCAGCGUGGUCGGUGUGGAUCCGGGACUCAUCAGAGGCGUUUCGUGUCUGUGUGGCUCGCGACGAAACAUCUGUGCCGGUGUACGUCUUCAAGUUUGCGAGUAAUCCGUCCGCCACGCAUUGGAUCGCCACGUACGACGCCGCGGUUGCGCUGAUGCUUCAACGCAUUGGAUCGUCCUGCACCGACUCGAAAGCGCUGUUUCGAUUGGCAACAGAGCUGGGAUGCUCCAUGCUUGUUCUUCAUGGAGCUGCAGACUCGAAAGAUGGCGAUGCUUCUAAUGGUAAGGAGACCAAGCAUCCUGCUCAUAUGACGGGGUCGCGGACGGGGGAACGUGCAGUUCUGGGCGCAAGCACGCGUGACGGGCUGGCCGUUGACGAUAUACGUGUUGUGGCUGGCAGCUCCUCGUCUAGUCGCUCUCCCUCGACAUCUGGCCUCAGAUUUGACAGAGGUUCGGAGACAAUCGACAACGACUAUUACGCGGCCUGCAGUGCGGAGUCGAAGGCAGAUGCAACUGGCUUAUCACAAGUUCGUGCUCCGCGGGAUGGCGCUCGUGAAGCUGUCGAGCUCACUGCGGGCUCGUCUUCAGCUGUGUCGAAGUCACAGGCGGCAACCCUCUCUUCUGCUUCGCCCCUCCCAGUCCCUCCCAGCAGCGACUAUCGAACUUCUCCCGGCGUUGUUGAUGCUGAGAGUAGAGGUGAAGCUGGAACAGCUGAUACUCCUGUCGCUGCUGUGAGCGCGUCUAGCGAAGCAGGGGCCCCUAUGAAGCGUCAAGCGGCAGGGGCUUCUUCGAAUGCGCCUUUUAGCACCGACGUGGCAGAGUACCUCCGUCAGCGACGGUUGCACUUCACUUUGCAACGCGCUGCAGCUAUGUAUAGGCGAGGUGGUAUAUUGGGUCGCAUCGCUCGCGAUCUGUUUUUCGCACAGGACUUCCUCUCAGUCGAGUACGCGCCGGCGUCUUCUGGGAAACCACUCAUCGUCUGCACCUUUGCGGACGGUACUACGACUGCAGACGAGGAUAUCACCACCGAGGACGAAGACAUUUUGAUCGGCACUUAUUUCGUCGCGAAUAACCCAGUAGACCGGUUUAACACGAAGAAGGUCACGUUCUGGCCUACGGAGUUAAUGUUCAAUACCAAAGGUCCUUAUUGUGGCGUGUGGACACGUGAUGCAGAGGAGUGGUACCUGCAGCGGAGAGACGCUUUGUAUGCGGACGGGGAGCAGGGUCUCACAUCGGAUCAGUGGCGGUCCGCCUUGCACUUUGCGCAUAGCGCGAACAAGCUGCAUAGAGGCGGGUGCGAGAUCGCCGCUCGUUUUGUUGAGGCGCAUCCGGAUAUUUACUCAUGUGCGUGA